AUGGCAGCACUCUGGCUACAUACUGCCGCCCUGCUGGUCUUGCUGGUCAUGUCAUGCCCGGGCUCCCAAGCCGUUUCCGCGCAGCACCUGUGCGGCGCUCAUCUGGUUGAUGCCCUUUACUUGGUCUGUGGGGAAAAUGGUUUUUCCUACAACCCCGGGAGCAACAACGACCGAGCGCUGCGAUUCCUCCCACCAAAGGCAGGCAGAUCGGCGGACGAGAACCCGGCCCCAGUGUUUGCCUUUAAUGAAGCCAUGGCGUUGUUGGCGAAACCCAACAUUGUGGAGCAGUGCUGUGUCCGGCCCUGCAGCAUCUAUGACCUGUCCACCUACUGCAACUGA